GUCCGGGCGGCUAGAGCGGCCGUUGGGGGGUCGGUCCCUGAGGUCGUGCGCCCCGCCGGAGCAUGGCCGCCAGGAGCUCCCGACCCGCAGAACGCGACAGCGAUGAUGACUCCUACGAGGUGUUGGACCUAACAGAGUAUGCGAGACGACAUCGCUGGUGGAAUCGCGUCUUUGGCCAAAGCUCCGGACCCAUCGUCGAGAAAUAUUCAGUCGCUACGCAGAUUGUAAUGGGCGGUGUGACUGGCUGGUGUGCCGGAUUUUUGUUCCAGAAAGUGGGGAAACUUGCGGCCACUGCAGUGGGUGGUGGCUUUCUUCUACUUCAGAUUGCUAGUCACAGUGGCUAUGUGCAGGUGGAUUGGAAGAGAGUUGAAAAAGAUGUAAAUAAAGCAAAACGACAGAUUAAAAAGCGAGCUAAUAAGGCAGUACCUGAAAUCAAUACCAUGAUUGAAGAGUCGACAGAGUUUAUCAAACAGAACAUCGUGGUGUCCAGUGGAUUUGUGGGAGGAUUUUUGCUAGGCCUGGCGUCUUAAAGAAUGUGAAUGUUCUGGUCCUGGUGGAUUCAACCCUAAAGAAGAACAGUGGUGACAGUGCACUCCCUCCAGAUGUGGUGUAGGUCACAAGAUUUUCCAAGAAAGGAGAAUGGCUGUCUGGAUAGCAUUGAAAUUUUACACUUUUUAGACGCUUGCCUUCCGAAGCUUGGCAAAACUAGGGUUUGCUGAAAAAAUAAACUGUGCAGUAUGUAAAGCAUUUCUGGACAAAACCUGGCUAACCGUCGUGAAUUUUUUUUUAUUUCAGGCUUGAUCAGAAAUUAGCAUUUUUAAUGUAACGAAUAUAGAAAUGUAUCUGUCUCGCAAAGAGAAAAAUCUGUUUGUUCUUUUUUUCUAAUUAAAUGCUUCCUUUUCUUUAAGUUAAAGAUAUUCUCCAUUUGUGCUCUAGUAAAUAGUGCCAAUAAUGAAAUGGUAUGUAUUUAUAUUUCUAAUAUCAGGGCUGACAUAUCAUUAUGAAAUCUGGUUGCAAUAAACUGUAGAACUCUAAUGCCCUUUUGUGGAAAAGAAUUCAGAAAUGAUCAUUAUUAGAGUUAUUAAAGGCAAAAAGAAAACCU